CCAUACGGUGUUUUUUGUCGUCUUCAAAGCGGUCACACUGGUGGAUGGGGAAAAAAACAAACGAUUUGUGAAUAUGCCAAAUUACCAGGAUAUUUAGCGUAAUUGGGCCUUCUCUGCGGUGACCAUGGACAUAGGCACUAUCGAGCUGAGCGUGGAGGCGCUGAUCGGAUCCCUGCUGGCCCUCAGUGUCCUGUUUGCCUUCUGUCGCAGCUUGCUUUCCGAAGACUUUGUGAGCACCUUCAAAACACGUCACAGCUGGAAAUCAAUAAAAGUCUUGGAGCAGGCCUGCUUCUGCAACGUGUGCGAGAUCCUGCUCACCCCCUCCGCAGGACUCUUUUGCGACUGCUGCGGCCUGUGCACCCAUGCCACGCCCCCCUGCCAGCGGAGGGCGGACAGGGAGUACCGGUGCAAGGACAAGUGGUUGCGCAACGAGUCCUCCGUGCGGCACUUGUGGGUGCAUGGGAAUCUGCCUAUGGGAGUCCAUUGUGCCGACUGCAACGAGGAGGUUGAUCACCAUGUCAGCACUGAUCCGGGAUUGUACGGAUGGCGAUGUGCCUGGUGUCAGCGGUGCUACCAUAACGAUUGCUACACCCGCACUGACACCAAGGGAGCCUGCGACUUUGGCGAGUUCAAAGACAUGAUCUUCCCGCCCUACAGCUUUGUGGCCGCUCGAACUAGGGAUUCUAUGCGGCUCCACUUGGCCAGCAUUACGCCGCCAGACAUUGAGAACUGGGAGCCGCUUAUUGUGAUCGCCAACACCAAGUCGGGCAGCAGUACGGGGGCCAAUGUGUUGUCCCUGCUGCGCGGUUACCUGCAUCCACUGCAGGUGAUGGAACUGGGCUCACGGGGUCCACAGGACGCUCUGCAGUGGGCCGCCAAAGCCAGUCCUCGCCCGUGUCGCAUACUGGUGGCCGGCGGCGAUGGCACCAUCGGCUGGGUGCUCAACACAAUCUACGCGCUGAAUAUCAAGCCCCAGCCCUCGGUGGCCAUCAUGCCGCUGGGCACCGGCAACGAUUUGUCGCGAGUUCUGGGCUGGGGAGCAGAGCCGCCCUCUGCUCUCGAUCCUGUGGAGAUCCUUAGGAGUAUACGGCGAGCCCGCUCCGUGAAUCUCGACCGCUAUGACCUGCAAAUAGAGAAACUGCACUAUCGGCUACCUAUUCAAAGGCAUCCUACGAAGACGAUUCAUGUGUACAACUAUUUCAGUGUUGGUGUGGAUGCGUACAUCACUUACAACUUCCACAAGACGCGGGAGUCCCGAUUCUAUCUGCUCAGCAGUCGAAUAUUCAAUAAGCUGCUGUACUUUACCUUUGGAACGCAACAGGUGAUGCAACCUGGCUGCGAACACAUCGAGGAGAAGCUUACCUUGUAUCUGGACAACAAGCCAGUGCAACUGCCUGAGUUGCAGGCGUUGGUGUUCCUAAAUAUCGACUCCUGGGGAGCUGGCUGCAAGCUGUGCGAGCUAAGCAACUCCAAUGGAGAAGUGCGAAUUGUAAACUCCAUCUCCGACGGCAUGAUGGAGGUCUUCGGCAUUGUUUCCUCUUUUCACAUUGCCCAACUGCAGUGCAAUAUAAGCAAACCAGUGCGAAUAGGCCAAGCCAAGCAAAUAAGGCUACAAGUCAAGGAGACCGUGCCAAUGCAGGCGGAUGGCGAACCCUGGAUGCAGAGUCCGGCGGACAUUCGCCUUGCCUCGCGCAGUCAGGCCCGCGUCCUCAAGCUGGCUGCAACCUGAACGUAAUAGCAAAUACAGGAUAGAAGUCCCUUAUGUGCCAGUCCCCAAUCUCAAAGUACUUAACCUGGAACCUCAAUCUAUACUUAAUCGAAUUCGGUUGCAAUUCAUUCAAAGACACCCCCUAGUGGAAAACCGAUACUAGUCGAAAAAUACAUUAAAUGGUAUUUGAAAGAAAUCCACUUUAAUUAAGA